AUGAUAUUACUAGAUGAACAAUUCUUGAAACAGUAUAAUGACCUUUUUUCAAGCCGAGUCGCCAAACUCGGCUACGACGAUUCCUAUGAGGCCAAUCAACAGUGGCACCAAGAAUUCGGACCGACUUUUGGGUAAAUUUCAUAAAAUUCCUUCAAAAUCAAGAGGAUUCAGAAUUUUCCUCGGCAAACAACUGCAAAUCGUCGUUUCCGAGGAGGAAAUGCUCAAGGAAAUUUUCAUAAAGAACUUCAAUAAUUUUUCGGAUCGAUGUGUACCUGGACUUUUCAAGUAUAACCGUAAGUUUUAGAAACAUUUUGUGAUAUAAUAUUUUUGGUCGCGUUUGGGAAUGGCUCAGUGCGUCGUGGGAAAAGAUUCUAAAAAAAAAGCCAUAGAAGCCAAAAAUUUGCAACCGACCUCGAACGACUUCUAGCCUUUUUUCUCCGCAAAAUAAAAAAAAAUGUAAGGUUAAUCUUUAAAAAAAUCGAUCAGAUGACGUCACAAAAUUGAUCAUCUACAGCUUUGGCUUCAGCUCCUUUUUUUCUGAAUGACGUCAUAAAUAUCAAAAUGACGUCACUAAAUAUUAAAAUGACAUCAUACAAGAUUUUAACUCUUCUCAAACUAUUAGAUAACUUCUUAAGAAAAUUUCCCUAUAACUUUUCGAAAAAGAGUCGAAAAAAGGUCAAAAAGUAGCUCACUGCUACCUCCUUGCGCAAGCCGUUUUUGGUCGGGCGCAGCUUCGAAAUGACCACGAGCCAUUCCCCAUGCGACCACUCUUCUACAAGAUUCAUUACUCAGAACUCAAUUUUUCUCUGUUACAAGCCACGAAAGCCAAUGGAUGGAAAGAAUCCAGGAGCACCAUUUCACCGACUUUUUCGACAGGUUCCAACUUUUUUUUGAAUUGAAAUGCAAUCCAUGAACAUGUUUUCCAAUAGUUUUUCAGUUUUAAUGAAAGUUUAGACUUCACGAAAGGAAAAUGGACGAAUUGAGGAAUUAAUUUUAUUCUUUCUCUUUAUGAUAUAUUUGAAACGUACAUUGUUGUGGUUUGGAGAAGGGAAGAAAUUGUUUAUUUCGUUGAAAAUUACUUUAAAGCAUUUUUGAUUUGAAUAAAAAAAGUAAUUUCUCUUACUUUUUUGGCUUAUAGUCUAGUUUAUAAGCUUUUUAAUUUUGUUUCUAUGAAAAAAUUGGAUUUUUUUGAGGCCUUCCAGACGUUAUAAAAUCGACUAAAAAAGGAGAAAUCGUGAAAAAUUGUCUCAGUCAAGUUUCAGAAAAUUCAGAAGCCUUGACUUCUUGUCCCUUCUUACUUAGGGACGCCAGAGUGGUCCCUAGAGGGCUGAGAGAGAAGUCCAGCCCCUAGAGGGGACAAAGUAGAGUCCGUUUUUCCCGACUUGAAAGGGCUUCUCUGCGCCCUCUCAGGUUGAAAUGCUAUUUACAUGUUUUUCUGACCUGGCCGGUGAGAGAACAGAGAGACGCAGACACGCGAAAACUCUCAAGUCGCGGCGGACGGACUAGAAAUUUAGGUGGUCCUUCUAGGGGUUUAGGGUGUGAUAUCUAAGCCCCUAAAGCUUAAGUGGCCCUUAUAGUGAUCUUUUGAUUGUUUUUCAUGAUUUUUCGUACAAGGAGACAUAGUCCCCUAGAGUGGUCACUUGCGAGCUUUAGUGAACCCUAGAGAGGUCCCUUGAGGAGAACCUUUGUGGGGCACAAAGACUGCUCCUUUAGGGACCACUCUGGCGUUUCUGGAAGCAGGAAACAGUAUCUGAUUUUUCAAGUGGACUAAAUAAGCUUAAAUAUUGAAUUAUUUAACUUAUUUUUUUACUGAAGUAAAAAAACAUUUUUUUGUGGUUCAUUCUAUAAAUUCGAUAAUAAAAAGGUCAUUUAUAUUUUUUUGAGCCUUUAGUUUAAUGAUGAGUUUGAGGAUUUCACUAUAAAUUUCCUUUUUUUCAGUAGAUCUCACUUUAUAAAAAGAUUUUUUUCUCUGAAAUUUCCAGGAAAGAUGAAAGCUAUGCACGAGACGAUCCAGGACAAAAAUCGAGGAUUUCUUGAAUAUUUUUGGACAAACAUGCCGAGAACGGCGACACGUUCGAUAUCUAUGAGUUGGUUUCAUUGUAAAUUAUUUGAAAAAAAUUGAGAAAAUGAGGAAAAAAAUAAGGAAAAAAAUAAUUUUUUUCAUUGGGCUGUAAGAUUUUUCUGAAAAAAAUGGCCUUAACACUUCUUGAUGCAAAAAAAUAAAAAAAUAAAAAAAUGAAAAAAUAAAUUUUUAAACAAGUUUCUCGAAUUUUUCGAACCUUCCUCGAUUAAAUCAGAAUUGAAAGCUUCAAAAAAUAAAAAUCGAGUAAAAGGAUAAAAAAAAGCUUUUUCGAGCAAAAAUACAGAGUCUUACCAUCAGAAAACCAUGAAAAUUCGUCUAUUUUCAAAAAAAAAGACUUUUUUAAAUUCAACUUAGCUUCUAGAAUCCAAAAAGUAUACUGAAAUAACAUUUAUUCCAAUAAAAAAAUCAAGAUUUUCAGCGAUUUCCAAGCCUUGA